CGGCAACACUCGUGUUUCGUGCCAUUGUGUUUUUCAACUACAUAUAUAUUUGUUUGUAGUCAUGUGUUGCUCUUGUUUGUUUUGCUUUCGGCCGUUGCCAUGUUGCCGACUUCGAAGUAGUAGCGCGCGCCAUUGGCAACAUGGGAAAUAGAUUUAUUGGAAUGUAUAUGAGCUGAGCUCAUUGUAGAUUCAUUGUUAGCAUGAUGGUUUAGUUGUUGUUGUGUAAACACAUAAAAUAGACGUACGUUUAGAAGAGUGGUAGGCAGGCAGAAAGUAGUAAACAGCCAUCGGCAAGACAGCUGGAAUAAGCGUCGAAGCAGCUAAACUGUUAAACAGUGAAUGGCAGCCCGUAGUAGUCCGCGUGAGUUUUCAGAAUUUUGUUGUGUUUUUGCGUGGUUUGCCGGGAGUUCUAUUCUUGCGUUCGCUGCUGCCGCGUAAAAUAUGCGCUCGUUUUUCGUUUGACAACGUAUUUUGCGAGUAAAUUCUAUAUGAUUUAUAAUUAUUCAUAUGAGAAUUGCAUUACAAAAUUAUUAUUCUUUAAAAUAAUAAAAAUGUUUUUGAUGCGAAUUUAAGUGCGUACGUACAAUGUCAGCUUAGUGAAAUAACAAAGCUUAGUAGUAAUUUUGAUAAAGCAAGGAUAUAAAGGCGAAAAUGACGUGGAAAAUUCGCAGAAAAUUUCAUUUGGCGUGACAUUUGUAUCAACGUGCUGCUUACAGUGAGAUGUGGACCAUUUUGUCUUGCUUUAUUCAACAAACCAAACUUUUUACUUAUUUAUUUGCUUGCGUAUUUGCUAUACAAAGCUUUAUGCUGUUUUUGUAGUGUCGUAGGAAAACAAUGAAAAAUUACAGCAACGUUCGUAACGAUAAUUUAAUUUAAAAACAAAUCAGAUAUGUGAAAUGCAAAUAUAAAUUAUAUGUACAUACAUGUUAUAUUAUCAAGUGGCAAUUAAGAAAUAAAAAUAAAAUUAAAUCUUUAGUAAAUCGUUUCUAAAGACACCAUAUGAGCAACAAUCCAUAUAAACGAAAAUAUUAAGUUCAAAAAUACCAUUCUCAUCUACAUUUUGUGUAAGCAUGUUAAAAGCAAAUUAAAGGCUUUCGUGUGGUGUUAUUGGGCGCUGCUGUAUCCGUGAAUCUUAUCAAUUGAAUAGCAUUGAACUUUUCAUCUUCGUCAUUGCUCUAAAAUAAUAAAAGGGCAUACAUGUCGCACUCCCGAUUCGACUGCUGCCAAAAGUAAUUAAACGCAAUAAACAAUAUCAGCGAAACGUAAUCAGUACCUUUCUAACGCUACUCAUAAGCGAUUCUGAAAACAACGCGUGUUCAAAAACAAAAAAUAAAAGCGAGUGUUAUGUCGUUUCUAUUUCAGUUGUGACUGCGGAAAUUAUUGUCGCACUUGUAUAAUUCGAAAAAAAUGUUAAUCAAAAUGUGUGUAUCCAAGUCCACAACAAAUCUUCUGAUUUGAUAAUAACUAAAGUAAAAGCCUUUUUAAAUGAGAAACGGACAGCUAUAAAACCAUCAUCUUCGUAUAUGGGUAAAAAAAAAAAACUCAUGCGUCAUCCACAUAAAAAUUUCGAAUAUUUGUGUUUGCCUCAUAGCCUUGUGCUUGCGUUCCCCUGGUACUCCAUCUUCCUGCACAAAGAAAUUGCUAUCGCCUCACUUUUAAUUUUGGUGGAAAUUAUUAUUAUUUUCUACUAUUUACUCAACUCACUCAAUAAAUUCAAAAGAACUAAGUUUUUAAAAAGGAAAUCAUACAAUGCGAGUUUUAAAGUCCACUUAACCUAAUCCAAAGAAAACCACUAAUAUUAAUCGUAAUUGUCGUACAACCGUGCUUGUAAAUAGUAAUUUAAAGGAAUUGUGAUAUUGAUAUAAGUGUAAAAACUGCGAUUAUCUUUAUUUACGAAGUUUGUUAGAAUUAAGUUCGAAUCAACCUAUAUGAUAUAUUCUAAAAUUACAAUCAUAAUCAUUCGAAUAAGAAGAAUAAUAUUUAAAUUGGGCAAAACGUUUCCGAAUUUGUAACUAAGAAGCAUAAACAUAAAAUCACUUCUCUCACAAAACGCUAAAGAUAUAAAAGGAUCUAUACGGUGCUCACUCCUAACGAAUAAGAGGAUACAAAUCAACCGAAAACAAAGUUUCAGUCCAAAACGAAUGAAAAUUGUACGAGUAGAAAUUAAGACUACUUAAUCACAAAGUCUACAACUUAUUUUUGGACCUUAAUUUACUAAACAUUGUUGGGUAACGCUAGGAUAAAGCUCUACAAUUAGAAAAGUUAAGGCGAUAUUCAACUUGAAAAGAAGAAACGCAAAUCAUUUUUAUACCUCAAACACUUUAAGCUAAGAACGAAUUGUAUACUGUACUUACAUAGGUGUUCAGAUUUAAGUUAGAAUCUACAGUAGUGUAUGUAUACAAACAUAAGUAUCCGUAUAAGUUGUGUAGCUGAAAACCAAGUAGCUUCAAGCACCUGUACAGCAACACGAAUCCCACAAACGAACACGCCCCUUCAAGCAACCGGCUCCUUCAAACUCCAUCAAUAACAGUAAACGACGCAUCAAAGGGACUUUACAUUCGGCAAUCCGCUACCCUCAGUCACGAUUAACACCGCCACCACGUUUACCACAGACACAAUAGAAUCCUUCAAUAUGACGAUGAGUACAAAUAAUUGCGAAAGUAUGGCGUCAUACUUUUCCAACUCCUAUAUAGGACCCGAAAUACACCAUAGCCACUAUCCUGGAAAUGGUGUCACCGAUCUCGAUGCGCAACAAAUGCAUCAUUAUAGUCAGCAUCCAAAUAACCAGGGCAAUAUGCCCUACCCACGCUUCCCGCCCUACGAUCGUAUGCCCUAUUAUAACGGUCAGAGUAUGGAGCACCAAGGUUACUCUCGUCCCGACAGUCCUUCCAGUCAGGUGGGUUUGUCACAGCAGCCGCAAGUAAAUGGUAGCCCACUGCUUCAGCAACAGCCACAACCCCAGCAACAAGUAACGCAACAGCAGGCGCAACAGGUUACGCAGCAAGCACAGGCGACACCUCAGCAUCAGCAGCAUUCGCAAGUGACGCAACAGGUGACACAUCCAGCCCAACAACAACAGCAACCUGUAGUAUAUGCCAGUUGUAAGCUGCAAGCAGCCGUGGGCGGAUUAGGAAUGGUGCACGAAGGCGGCUCACCGCCCUUAGUCGAUCAAAUGGGCGCCCAUCACAUAAAUGCACAGAUGAGUUUGCCACACCACAUUGGACACCCACAAGCACAGUUGGGUUACAACGAUAUCGCAGUUCCUGAUGUUAAUGAGGUUCAUCAAAACCAUCAUCAAAUGAGUAUGUAUGGCCAACAACAGACUGGCAUUCCAUCCGUUGGCGGACCACCACAAACCAUGAUGCAUCAAGCUCAGGGACCACCACAAAUGCAUCAGGGCCAUCCUGGACAACAUACACCACCAUCUCAAAAUCCAAAUUCGCAGUCAUCAGGGAUGCCAUCGCCAUUGUAUCCCUGGAUGCGCAGUCAAUUUGAACGGAAACGUGGCCGCCAAACGUAUACCCGUUACCAAACGUUAGAGCUGGAAAAAGAAUUUCAUUUCAAUCGUUACCUGACCAGGCGGCGACGAAUCGAGAUCGCUCAUGCGUUGUGUCUCACAGAGCGACAAAUAAAAAUCUGGUUCCAGAACCGACGAAUGAAAUGGAAAAAGGAAAAUAAAACAAAAGGAGAACCGGGAUCUGGAGGAGAAGGUGAUGAGAUCACACCACCUAACAGUCCGCAAUAAGUCGCUGAUAACCAUGGAAACCAAAAGUCACGCUUAAUCCGGUACCACUGUGAAAUAUGGCAACACGCACAAAUAACUUAGUGUACUUUGUCUGUCCUUCAUAUUGCUAAGGGAUCAAUAUUUACAAAAAACAAUUAAUACAUAUUAAGUGUUAAUAAAUUGAGUAAAGCCCAUUGUCCGGAGCUAACGAAAGACAUGUAAUAUUAUUCUGUCGGACACUUAUAUUACUAACUACUACAAUUUCGUAGUCAAAUGUUGCAAAAUUUUUCAUUUUCACCUACAAAUCACCCAAUUGCAAAAAAGUGGAAUGGAUUAUCGAAAAUAUAAUACUUACUGAAAUAAUGCUAUAAAUAAUUUUUGCAAAGUCGUAAACCUACUUAGUUAAUUCUUAAAGUACAUUUGUUAUUAUUUACUCAAAACCCUGUAUUAUGAUGAUUUGCAUUGCAUACAUUAACAUAACAUAGUACAUAGUCGGCAUGCAAAAUGUUCGUAAGGUGUUAUUAGGAGGAGCAAUAAUUUCAUAAAUUAAUUAGCUAAAUGGGUAAAUUCUUUAACAAUGAAGUAUUGUAUCUAAAUAAAUAAACUCAACAAAACCAACUCAUGUGACCUCAACUUUAAAUAAGUUAUUGAUUAAAAAAAAAGUAUAUACAAUUAAAAAUAAUAAUAAAAUGUAAAGGUAACCAUUAUACUAAACAAACGGGGAAAGCUAAUAAAAAUUCCAAAAUAUAUGAGAAAUAAAAACUAAACUUAACAUAUGGAAUACUCUUAUGUAAAGCAUAAAAAAUAUGUUUUAGACAUUUUCAGCUAUAAUUAGAAUAAAAUAUUAACUCAUGCAUACUUACAUACGUGAAUCAGAAGGUCUGAAUACAAAAUGAAUUAUACGAAUAAUCGGGGAAGAAAAUACAAAGUUGCAUUUUAGAUCUCCUCAAAGAGGUUCAAUUUGUUGCAUCGUAUUAAAUAAGAACCAACAAACCAACCAGAGUUUCAUAGUUCCUUCUAAUUUCAAAAAUUAUUACAAAUUAUAUUUUCAAGUGAUUUUAUUUUAUAAAAGUGCAAUAUUCUGUGAAUUUGAAAUGUGGACGAGUAUAUUUCAUAACAGUAAUAUUUCCUCAUUGAAUCACUUUUUACAUCACUUGCAUUUAAAAGGUUUAACAAAGACGCAUCUUUUGGCAACAUUUUCGGCAAACAAAUAACUCCUUGCUCGAUAACUAAUAUUAAAAGCAUUUUAUUGCCAUACUUUAGUAGCACGAUUUAUUAAUGAAGAAUAUUUGGUUUUUCCUAUUACUCCAAGUCUAAUCUGAAUAAAUGUGUAUAAAAUAAUCGAUAUAAUGUCAACUCCUCCUGGCUAACUCCUUUGACCAUACUUCAACGGAAUAUCUGGUUUGUAAUUUGAAACUUAACUCAAGUGAACUGUUCGUGUAUAUGUUCUAUAUACAAAUUUGUGUAAUUAUUUACAUACAUAUGUAUAUUUCAAUAUAUAUUAAUGUAUAAAAUAGUAAUGAUCGAUACCAAAUUAAUGUUGAAAUGAAUUUUAUUAACAAAUAUCUUAAUAAGUUGGAGAGUGUAAAUUUUGUGUAUUAUUUACCCAACAAAAAAUAAAUAAUUAAAAGAAGAUUUUGAACCAAAUAAGUUGACAGCAAAUAAUAAUUCGUGAAGUAUUCAAUUUUAGAAUUUCGGUUUAAACUAUUUCAGCUGUAACAGGCUAAAACAAAAAAUAAAAGGGGAUGAAAUAAAUUCAGAACUUUUAAUAUUUGUAUUAUUGGAAAUAUUUUAGCUUGACUUAAGAGAGGAUAUUAUGUAUACCAAAAUCGAUAAAAUAAUUUUACAAUCACUGAAUUACACAAAACAUUGACACUUUGGAUUUAUCGAAAAAGUCACUGACAAUGAUGUUGAGAAUAUAAAAGUAAUACUUAUAUUUGCAUAUUUUUAAUAUAUAAAAAAAAUUGUAAAUUCAAAUAAAAUAAAAAAUAAACCCACGAUGGUUAAAAAUAAAAAUAAUAUGAUGUGAAUUAGUAAAAUUGUUAGCUAUAACGGAAUACUAAUAUUGAUCCUGACCGACGGAAACACAUAAAAACAUAAGCUAAUUUAUAUAAUAAUAAGUACUUAUAGAUGAGAAAAUUAUCCACAAAUUAUUUCAUCAUACCUAAAAUAAACCAAAGCCAAAGUCAGCAAAGAAUCGGAAGUAGACAUUUAGUGUAUAAAUAUUAGAAGUUGUAUACAUAUAUACUUAUGUACAACCUUUCAACUUUAGUUAUUCUGCAUGCAGCUCCGUGUCUGUAUGUAUGUGUUGUAAAAUGCUACAAGUUAGUACGACUAAAUGAUUCACGAAUUAAUAUAUGAAAGCAUUAUUACAGGUUCGCAAAAUAUGUAUUUGGUGAAUCAUGUAUCUAAUUAACAAAUACAUCUAAACGUAUAUAGCCAUAGCUGAAACGUUUAGUUAAAAUCAGAGAUAUCUGUUCAAAUGAAAUGAAUUCAUUGUGAUCAUAUAAGUAGUAAUUUUGUAUGGAUUACAUUCAUAUGUAAGUUAAAUUAUUUUUCGUGGUUAACCAGUUACCAGAAGAAAGUUUAUAGCAUUGCUGAAUACUUAUAUUCUUUAACUUUCGAUUCAUCAUUAAUUUUUUGAAUUGGGAAUGAAAUGCAUUCAGAAUUAACACAUGGGCCUAAAAAUAAAAAUAUUCAAAAAUACGUAAAACUUGCGCCUAUCUGCAGUGGCAGACAUUAUAUUAAACAAUUAAUGUCGGUAUAAAGAUAUUGCAAUAUUAUAUGCAAAACAGAGAGCAAAAUUUAUUGGUAAUACCAUGUCUAUGUUUACAAAGCUAAAUGUGAAAUAAAAUAUAAUACGUGUAUUAAGAAGUGGACAUUAUGAAUUAGCUGAAAAAUAUAUAAAGUGGACCAGUCAUUAAUUAUUUGUUGUAAAUACCUAAAAGAAUAUAAAUUUUAUUCUAAAGGAAAGAAAUGAGAAAGCAAAGAUGCGUAUUAAAAUAUUAUAAUAUAUAAAA